UUUCUACAAAAUUCAAAAUUUGAUAAAAACGAAAAAAAAAGGAAUUCCAAAUCUGCCAGUCACAUGAAUACAUUUUUGCACCACUUCGUACCACUAAAUCAUUGUUUUACCGGAUCUUUGAACUGACAUUUAUUUGACACAUAUUUGAACGCUCAUGCACAAUAAAAAUUAUCGCUCAAAAGCUAUGUUUCCAAAUUAUUGCUUCACCAGAUCAGCCAAGGAGCCCGGCUAUGAGGUAGUUAAGCGAUGUUAUAUGCCCAAGGAAUCGCAUCUUCAUCUUCAUUAUCAGAAUCAUCGAAAUGGCCGAAUUAAUAAUCCCACUGCUGACUCGUCGAUAUCAUCAGCACUGCGUGAUCUGAAUAGCAAACGUGUGAAACGUUUACGUAAACCGAAAAAAUCAAAUAGUACUCGCAGAAUAGAUAAUGAAUCAGGAUCUUGUAAAAUUCCGCCGCCAUCGCGAAGUGUUGAAUUUCGUUUCCCUCCAGUUGUGUGUGAGGUGCCUGACAAGGAAGAAGCGGCAAAUCGUCAAGGAGGUGAUGCCUUAGCAUCAACAUCAGAUGGACCGAGAGAAUCGGGAGGAGCCCAUGAAUCGGGUGAUCGAAACAAAGGCAUAGAGAAGGAAUAUGAACAUCAAGAAAAUGUUACAGAGGUUCCUUAUCAUGAUCCAAAUCGCGAUUUACAAGAAUCUUGUGCCGAUUUCUUUAGCAUUAUACACGAUAAUGUCUUAGAAGCAGUCCAAGGUGCCGUUCAGGGCAUGAUUGCCAAAUGUUUUGAGAAUACCGUUGCCCACAUAGCACAUCUUUCAGCGGAAUUGUCGCAGCAAAAGUUGCUGCUUAAUAAACUUCAUCGUGAGGUUACAGGGCAACUAGCUGAACAGAAUGAGACAAAUUUGAAUCAAUUUAAAUUUCUUACCCAAAUGCUUAUCGAUAAUCAAACCAUUCACUAUCGGGCUUUCAACCAACAGUGUCGCAACGAGGAAAGAGAUCGUCUGAAAGAUAGAGAUAAGGAUCGACGGAGCACAUCAUCCAGUACUGACCAUCAAAGUAGAUCUAUUGGUGGUGAUUCAUUCAAAUGCAAAGUCCAGCAGCAACACAAACUUUGGCAACAGCAACAGCCCAACGUCUAUUAUAGACAAGUCUGUCAGAAAUGUACUGAUCAAGAUACAAACCAAAAAUUACAAUCAAGACGACAGUGCGCCAAAUCGACAACUGUCAAACGGCUAGCAAAAGGUGUCGCUACUGUCAGUAUGCCAGAUUUAGCGAGAACGCCAUCGACUUGGGCAACAUCUAGAAAGAUACAUACACCAAUUGACGCGGGAGGAAGCCCGCAAAGGCAACCCAGUAGGCAUCGCUUCUUCACAUCUCCCCGAUCAUCUUCGGUACGCCGGCAACCAUCAUUUGCCAAAGGAGAUCCGCAUUUGCCGCCAACCCAACGGCCCCAGCGCAGUGUCUCGAAAGUAAAACGAAAAGUAUCACAACAAUUAAAGGCGGGACCUAGUCUGGAAGAUGUGCGUUUAAAAGGUCACAUUAAUGUUCCUAGAAAGUAAGACAGUCAGUUGUGUGGCAUGGCAGCGAUCAGCAUGGCCAUGAUUCACAACUGACAGUUUUAAAAAUUAUUUUCACCAAACUAAAUGUGACUUAUGUAGUAUGUACAUACAUAUAUAAAUUUUAAAAUUUAUUGUUGCUUAUUAUAAGAUUUUAUACAUAUCAAAAGUAAAAAUACCAAUACCAAUGA